CAAAACUACAAACUACAAAAUACCGACAAACAAUUAAAAAGAACAUUUUUACAAAAAACAGAAAGGAGACCCAGCAUAUUCCAGGAGGGAGACCCGAAAAAAGGCCAAGAAGAGACCCAGAAAUUCGUCAAAAUAUGGCUGCUUAUCUACCAAAUCAAGACUGGCGCCUGGAAGACCGGAGCCGCAGCCCCAGUAACUCAGCCCGGAGCCCCAACCGCCAACCCCCACAACCUAAUCGAAGAGCCCGCAGUCCCAACCAGCCACCGAGGAGCAGACGUGAGGCAAGGCCCAACAGACGCCUUGUAAGCGAGAGACCCAGCAACUGGCAGUACUCCUGUGGACUGUGCCAACAGGACCACAGCCUUUACUCCUGCCCGGUGUUCCGGCGACAGACCCCGUUUCAGAGGUAUGAGACGGUGGAAAGACGUGGUUAUUGUCGGAACUGUCUGGCAAGGAGCCAUCUUGCCCCCGAUUGCCCCAGUUUGGAUGGCUGCAGACGUUGCGACAGCAGGCACCAUACGACCCUGCACGGGGCAUCGCAGCUGGAUGAGGUGCCUCUGAAUAUGGAAGCUAUAAACGCACCAGCCUUUGCAUGGGAUUUGGUGUUGGUGCCCACCGUAAUGAUCAGAUUAAUGGCCGAAGGGAUGGAAGGGUUCGUGAUGGUGCGGGCACUGAUGAGCCAGUCGGCAACAAUGACCACCAUUUCAUAUGCGGCAUAUAGGCGGUUUGGGCUGCAGCACCGUAUAUAUAAGGGGCAACGCAUAACCACAUUCACUAUACGACCCAGAAGAAUAAGCAGCAGCUGGUCUCUGCAAGUAAAUGCGGUGGUGAGCGACAAACUACCCAGGCGACUUUAUUCGGAGGCUCUGUUGGAAGACCCCACCCGGGGCUUCACUAAUUACGCCAUCGCCGACCCAGAUCCUAGGGGGAACACGCCCAUAGAUGUGGAAUUAGGGGCGGAUACAUACAACGCGAUUCGCAAAAGUGGGUGUGUGGCGGUUGGAUUAGGGGAUGUACGGGCGUUCAACACACAACUGGGAUAUGUGUUCGCUGGACCGAUCCGGAACAUGCCUGCUGCUGAAAAUUGUAUGGAGCAAGCGGAAUUGAAGAUUUACACUUGUCACUCGGGGGCCCAGAAAUGUUUACGAAUGCGUAAACUUUUGAUCUCCACUGUCAGUUGGAGUUAA